AUUCAUUCUCACCAGUAAAAAACAAAACCUUUCCGGCGGCGCACGGCGUCUCUCUCUAAGAUGGAGUUUGUUAAUCCUGAAGGUCUUCGAUUGGACGGUCGCCGUCCUAUGGAGAUGAGGCAGCUUCGUGCAGAAAUAGGAGUGGUUUCGAAAGCCGACGGCUCAGCUGUUUUUGAGAUGGGGAACACCAAAGUCAUUGCUGCUGUUUAUGGACCCAGAGAGGUCCAAAAUAGGAGUCAGCAAAGUAAUGAUCAGGCACUGGUACGCUGUGAGUAUAGCAUGGCUAAUUUCAGUACUGGAGAUCGGAUGAGGAAACCUAAGGGUGACAGGCGAUCAACAGAGAUAUCUAUGGUCAUUCGUCAGACGAUGGAAGCAUGCAUAUUGACUCACUUGAUGCCUCGAUCUCAGAUUGAUAUAUUUGUCCAAGUUCUUCAAGCGGAUGGAGGAACAAGAUCAGCAUGCAUAAAUGCUGCAACGUUGGCCCUUGCUGAUGCUGGUAUCCCUAUGACUGAUAUUGUUACCUCCUGCAGUGCUGGAUUUCUGAACGGGACCCCUCUGCUCGAUCUGAACUACGUUGAAGAUAGUGCUGGUGGACCUGAUGUUACUGUUGGCAUUCUGCCUAAGUUAGACAAAGUCACCCUCCUUCAGAUGGACUCCAAACUGCAAAUGGAGACAUUUGAAACUGUCAUGCAGCUAGCAACAGAAGGUUGCAAAGCAGUGGCAAGUUAUAUUCGUGAGGUAUUACUGGAGAACACCAAGCAAUUGGAGUCUCGCAGAGGUGUAUAGAAAUUGUAAUGCGUUCAAGCCAAGUUUUGGAAUGAGCUGCAUAGCUAUGAUCUGCUAGAGGCAGGGGAGUGGUGGAAGUAUAAAAAGAUAGGAUAAUUAUAUAUUUUCUCACAGUUUCCAUCUUUUCCCAUCUUAUUUUUUCUAUUUAACAAUUUUGUAGACUUCCUAUUUAAAAGGUAAGAUUUGAGCGUUAGUAACUA